AGAAAAUCCACCCCUAGAUACGAUUAAGAUUGAUCUGAAUACAUACCUCGUAAGCCUAUGAACUCACCGUACAAAACCAGACCCCAAGAAAAAGAUAAGAAGUGACCAGAAAUGCUCUGUUUAUCAACAACGAGAAGGAUAUGAAAGUAGAACAUCGGAGUAGUGAAGGAAUUCGGCACCCAAAUCACAUGAAAGUUGUAACAAAAUGCAGCGUCGUAAAGUAAAGGCCAUGCUUUCUCCCACCUUCCAAGCCCCCUCCUUUUCUUCUUCUUCUUCUUCUUCUUCUUCUUCUUCUUCUUGCUUGCAAUACUCACCUUGGUCCGGCCUGCAAACCUGGAGAGAGUGCCCACUCAAUGAGAACCGUUGGUGGGGUACCAAGGGCCCACAGCCUCAGCCGCUACAGUCACAGCCCUCCUCCAUUGACAAGCAUUACAAUCAAAUGGUGUCGUCAGCUUCCUCCCUCGCAGAGCUCGGCGCUCUGGUUCUCUCCACCAGCGACUCCCUCGCCAAGUCAAGGAUUUCCCACCUCGCUUAUUCCAGGUGGCGCCAUCACCGCCUACCGCUCGGUGCAUCUGAUCCCCCUCCUCCGCCCGCUCGCCCCUUCAAACCCCAACUGGUUUCUCCUAAAGAAAUUCCAGCUCCCAAGAACUCGGGUUUGCCUCUUAAUGCUUAUAUGCUUCAUAAUCUUGCUCACGUUGAGCUCAACGCAAUUGAUUUGGCGUGGGAUACUGUUGUUCGUUUUUCACCUUUUAGUGAGACUCUAGGGGAGGGUUUUUUUGCCGACUUUGCUCAUGUCGCUGACGACGAGAGUCGCCAUUUUGCUUGGUGUUCUCAGAGGCUUGCUGAACUUGGUUUCAAUUAUGGAGAUAUGCCUGCUCAUAAUCUGCUUUGGAGGGAGUGUGAGAAAUCAUCUGACAAUGUUGCUGCACGUUUGGCAGUGAUCCCCUUAGUCCAGGAAGCUAGGGGACUAGAUGCUGGACCUCGACUUGUACAAAAAUUGGUUGGUUUUGGAGAUCUUAGGACAUCUAACAUUGUUGCUAGAAUCGCUGAUGAAGAAGUUGCACAUGUAGCUGUUGGUGUCCACUGGUUUGUCGAUGUCUGUCAAAAAAUGGGUUGUGCCCCAUCUUCCGCAUUUAAAGACUUGUUGAAAGAGUAUAAUGUGGAGUUGAGAGGGCCUUUCAAUUAUUCAGCUCGUGACGAAGCUGGCAUUCCUCGUGAUUGGUACGACUUAUGCGCAAAUCACCCGCAUAAGGAUAAGAAAACGGAUAAAAGUGAGAAGCUUUCUGAGGUCUAUGAAAGGCUUGCUUCCAUAAUUUCCAUGGAGAGUGAGAACUCAAGCUUGAACAAACCUGAGUAGUUUUGCAUCAACUAAUGCUUUCCUCAUAUGUUGUUGCACUCUUUCGUCCAUGGAAUCAAUCUUACCUAAUUUCUUUGUUACAUGCUCCCGAAACAGCAUUCCAAUUGACUUACUUUGCCAAUCUGCUGAAUCGCUUCUUCGGGAUAUCACAUAAUCUGGCAUCUUAAAUGUAGACAGGUGCGUGUACUUGGGAGUUUUUAUCCGUUCCCCCUUACUUCGAUGCCUUUCUGUCGAGGUUCAAACGUGAAAUUCAGGUAGAAAAGCAGUUAUCGAUUUCUUCCUGUGUGUAAGUUGCUUGAGCUCACAAGUUUAUAUAUAAAGAUUGUAGAAGCUCUUUCUCUCCUUUUCCUCUUUUUUUAGCAUCCAAUUCCAGACAGAUGCAUGAAUGAGAGUAGGAAUUAGUAUUUGGAUGUGGUGGAAUUACAUCAUAGCACAUGCUUCACAUGGCCAUUGUAGUAGGACUAGUCUCUCCUUUUGCAAUUAUUAUUUGUAAAUAAGAGAUUUCUAUGGUGCUCCACA